AUGUCUCAAACAACCUCCGUCCCCGAAAUCCUCUCCUCAUUCACAGAAAAAUGGUCUCCACGUCUCAUCGCAUCAGUCAACGACCAUCACGUCAAAGUCGCCAAGAUCGACGGUUCAUUUAUCUGGCACUCGCAUCCCGACUCUGAAGAGCUCUUCUAUCUGCUCUCGGGAAAACUGACCAUGGAGAUUCAAGGCGAAGAGCCUGUUGUUAUGAAGGAGGGGGAUAUGUAUGUUGUGCCAAAGGGAGUCACGCAUAAGCCUGUGGCGGAGAAUGCUGUUAUUAUGAUGGUGGAGAGGGAGGGGACAGUCAAUACGGGGGAUCAAACGGAUUCUGAGAGGACGAAGCAGGUCAAGGAUGUGAGGGGGGAUGUAUAA